AUGGAGGCCUGUCAUCCUCAGCAUGCGUGGUCGGAUGAGAGUAGCAUGGCGUGGGACCCCGACGAUUCCCAUGUGCCCUCCGGGCCCCUCGAGCAUGCGCCACGUCGUCCUCCGUUACCCUCUCUCGACGCUAUUGAGUAUCUCUCCGAUUCUUCAAGUUCAGAUAACAUCUUGGACACAGCAAUUCGUCGUCGUCGUCCAACUACGACCACGGCAUUUGAUGACGACACCCAUCAUACCACUCAGCCGAUCCGACUUCCUUACUCGAUGGUACCAUUCAUUGGAGGAUUUCGCUGCGAAUGGUCCGGAUGCACCAGAUCCACCGUUUUCAGGCGAGAGGCCGAUGUCCUGGGACAUAUCAGAACAAUCCAUCUCCCCGACUACCGGUGCCCUGAUGAUGGAUCCGGACAGGCGCCCGGGGGAGAAGGUCACCUCAAUCGGCAUUUUGAGCGACGACAUAGCGACCCUCUAGCUGAGAGAAGGCUGAUGGGCGAUGAGCCUGGAAGAGAGCGUGCCCAAGCUCGAAGCGCAACCUGGUUCACGUCUACCUGGGAGCUGCCAUACGUUUUAGAUGGCAUACCAGAAAAUGAGCGCUUGCGUUUCGUCCUGGACAGCAUUACUUUGACGAUGUCCGAAAGAGGUGUCAUAGUACAGACGUGCAAUGAGUUCAUUCAAGGACGGUAUGGGCGGGCUGGGGUUGAUUUACUCGCUGGGCUUUUGACGGCUGUCGGGUCAGAUGAUGGCAGAUAUACAAGCCUUGACAUUCGUGCUCGCUGUUCCAAGAAUGAUGUCUCGGUUUCACUGGCCGAAUCCUUCACCAUUCUCCAGGGCAUGUUAGUGUGGCUCUCACUUACCUUCCGUCCGCCCAAAAAAGACACCAUCUGCUUCUCUACAGGCAACAUUGACAGCACUGGUCUCACUCUACAAGGACUCUCACCAGCAGCAUCAAAUGGUGCAUCUUGUUGGUUCGGCCUCUUCGAGAGCGCAGUCGUUGCGGUGGACCCCCAUAUCCAGACCAGCCAGACCAGGUAUCUCGAAACCAAUUUCGCUCUGUUGCUUUACCUAGCAGCAGUGGAGUAUCCAGUCCUAUUUGAUGGCGGCCUGGUGCUGAUGGGGUACUCGACGGCUCUGGUUCCAGUGAGGCGCAUCGACGACGAAACCACACUCUGGCAUUUGGAAACAGCCGAUCAUGACUCCCAACUCAAGAUGUCGAGCCUCAAAGCACUCAGAGGGGAUUGGCUCAAAGUUACCGAGCUGAGGGGACUUGGAACGAAGAAGGCCUUGCUCGGCUGGUGCCCUGAAGCCAUUACACUGCUUGGGACAGGCCAACUGGACACGGUCGAGUGGUCGAAUGCGAAAGCGAAAAGAUCCUCCUGGGCUUGGACGGGGGCAAAUUUGCAAUUUAUAGCCGCCUCGGCGGCUCCCUUCCAACUCGGUGGCCAGGCUGGUCUGACAUUCGAUCGCUCAAUCAACACCUUGCGAUUCAGUGCUGAGAGAAACUACUUCAAGUGUUUGAGUAGUAGUGCAAAGGAGCAAAUUGUCAUCUAUGAUGUUGAGUGCUCGAGGGCGUGGCUCGUUCCAUUGAUAUGCGUGUUCCAUGAGAUGCUGCGGGCGUACUGGCGGACGGUUCCGUCACAAUUCCGACAGGCUGAUAUACCGGCAGCGAGUCCCAGCUUCGACGGGGCAUCAGCAGCCCUGGCAGCCCUCUGGAACAGUGGUGGGACUGUUGUCGCCAUCUCCCCGGAUGAUCGGCUCACCAUCCGUGACCUAAUUCUAGGAUUCUCGACAAAUCUCUCCCGGGCUGUAUUGCAUCGCCCCAACCGUAAAGAGAUAUACGGAUAUGAAGUUAUGGAUCUCACCAUGGACUCUUCCAAGAGCGAUCUAAAGAGGUGUCACAUCAAGAAACAAGGACUGCCCUGGAUAACGCUGUUGGAGCAGGUUAAUUGCCUUUUCUGCUCCAAACUUGGCGAAGCCAUCCACGGUUCACGGGGUGAUACAUAUGAUUCGCCCUGCAAUCAGGUCCCAGAAGGCCGCGACUGGCUCGUUGCGACCAUGCGCAGCAUCAACGAACUGAAUGCAAGGCACGGCGGCCAUUGCCUACCAGGCAUUCGUCGACUUUCAGAUCAGCAUCAAUGGCUAAUGACAGGGUCGCCUUUCGAAAAAUGCGGGCAUCCAAAUGGAGGCCAGGCGUCCUGUUGGGAGUCAGGCGCUUUGAUCCAAGAAAUCCAGACAACCCGUGGGCGAAAAGCCCAACAAUACGACAAGGACCCUUUGUACUCCGAAAAUGGCGCCGUUGUAUUUGGUCGCCCAACUGGGUUUCCGAUAUCACUCUGCCAGAUCCCUGGGUUGAGCAUGAAAAACAAACAGAGUGUCCCGGGGUACUCAUCUCAAAGCUCUGUAAUUGCUUCUUUGCCAAUCUCAUCCCAGGGACAGCAUGAUGUGAUUAUGACUAUGCCAUCCAAUGUUGUUUAG